UUCUGUUACAAAUCCUUCUUUACUGAAGUCGAAACCGAAUUUUGCUUUUUACAAUGAACUGCUGAACGUUCUGGUUUAAGGCUGGUAUUUACCAGGCACAGUUAGUUGUGGUGAAGCCCUUCGUCUUGAACACUGACUGGGCAUGAGCUUUGCUUUACCCAUCCAUUUUUAAUAUCCCGUUUGAUGUGGUGCAACAUGGCUGCGCGUCCAGUUUCUUAUGACAGCAAUUCCAGCGACACUGAAAACUCUGAGCAAAGAUCGAGCAGUCGACCUCGCAGAGUUUACAGACACUCAAGCAGCAGCAGUCGAUUGCGGGGAUUUCAGUUGCAGAACGAAGCAGUGAGAAUGAGUGUGCAUGGGGCCGAGCUCUGCAGGGAGAGGCGUCGCUCUGGAGAUCGUUCCAGGGAUUCAUCACACGAAAGGGCCGAGGGCCAACUCACGCCCUGCAUCAGGAAUGUUACCUCCCCUACACGCCAGCAGCUCAGUGAUCGAGAGAGGGAAGCAGGCUCUUGGUCAAGGUCUGCGAGUCCCAGGCCUCAGAAAGGCUGCUCUUCCGGUUCCUUCUGCCCUGAUUCCCACAGUAAAUCUCAUGGCUCGGACAUGAUUUAUGUCUAUGAAAAUGCUAAGGAUGGCACUCGCAGUGUGAGGACUGCAGAGCGGGUCACUCUCAUCGUGGAUAAUACGCACUUUGUUGUUGACCCGGCGAUCUUCACGGCUCAGCCGAACACCAUGCUCGGCAGAAUGUUUGGAGCUGGCAGGGAGUACAACUUCACCCGACCCAAUGAGAAGGGCGAGUAUGAGGUUGCUGAGGGGAUCAGCUCGACUGUGUUCCGCGCUAUCCUGGAUUACUACAAAUCGGGGAUAAUCCGCUGCCCUGAUGGGAUCUCCAUUCCUGAACUGAGGGAGGCAUGUGACUACCUUUGCAUCUCCUUUGACUACAGCACCAUCAAGUGCAGAGACCUGAGUGCACUGAUGCACGAGCUGUCAAAUGACGGAGCACGGCAGCAGUUUGAGUCAUACCUGGAGGAGAUGGUGCUGCCGUUGAUGGUGGCCAGUGCUCAGAGCGGGGAACGGGAAUGCCACGUGGUGGUGCUCACCGAUGACGAUGUUGUGGACUGGGAUGAGGAGUACCCACCACAGAUGGGGGAAGAAUACUCUCAGAUUAUCUACAGCACAAAACUGUAUCGGUUCUUCAAAUACAUUGAAAAUCGGGACGUAGCCAAGUUGGUGUUAAAGGAGAGAGGAUUAAAGAAAAUCCGAUUAGGCAUUGAAGGUUAUCCCACCUACAAAGAGAAGGUAAAGAAACGUCCGGGCGGUCGGCCUGAGGUCAUCUAUAACUACGUACAGAGACCAUUCAUCCGCUUGAGCUGGGAGAAGGAGGAGGGGAAGAGCCGACACGUCGACUUCCAGUGUGUAAAGAGCAAAUCGAUCAGUAACCUGGCAGCCGCUGCUGCAGACACUCCUCACGAUCAGAUGGUGGCACUACAUGCCGUCCCUCAGGUGGAUGAACUUGACAUCUUACCCAAUCACCAACAUCACCCUGAUCCCGAUGCUCCUGCGCCAGCCGUCUGAAACCCCUCAAUCACAUAGACACAUUAAUGCAGAUUUGGGCAACCAAACCCUUGUUGCCUUUGCAAGCCCUUUUCCUGCCUCAGGAGCAUCAGAGACUAUAGUGCGGCUGCGUCAGGGCAGCCGAGAGCAUGUAGUAUUUUUGAGUGUGGUUAAGUGUCUCACAUAGCUGUUGGAUUUGAAAAGGAUCCAAGCAAAACAUUUCAAGUCCUCACUUGAUGGUAUACAUGCAGUGUUGCCAGUGAUCAAUUGCUGUGUUUAGAGGGAAGCACCACUUCAUAAAGAAAUACUGUGAUUAUGUACUGAUGUUUGGGUCAGUUUUUCACCAGGAGUCAACCUACUGCACAAGUCGACUCUUAAGCCAUGGUCAAGUGUGUGCGGCCAGCUGUUGGCAAUAGAGUUUGCAGUGUCCCAAACCAUUGCCACUGAUAUGAAGCCAUCCAUGCUAGUUUGGGUUGUGGGCCAUAACAGUGGCCAGAAUUUGUGUCGUGCACUGCACCUUUUAUAAAGCAAUAAUAGGUCUAUAUCAUAGAAGUGUGGACUGCACAGUCAUUUGUCUUGUGCUAGAAAUUGCAGAUGGCCUGCAGGUUGAGAAAUCCAGAUCUAGUGCAAUGUUGAUGAGAAAAUAAACUAAAACGUGCAUAGCAAGCAAACUACACCCAAAAGAGAAGAGACACAGAGAAGCUUAUCUACUUAGCAUUCUUACGUAACUUCUACUCUUUUGCUGAGGCUUGCUAUAUUUUUAUAGUGAAAUGGCUGAUCAGAGAAUUUAGAAUGAUUUAAGAGUAUAAAAAUAAAAGUUAGUGAACUGCAUUCCACGGAACAAAAUAGUUCACAAAUCUGAAUUCUUAAGGCCAGUUCGACCUGGACAUUUUUUUAUUAUUAUUAUUUCAAACUGCUCUGUGUGAGAUUUGUUACAUGGGGCAGUUAUAUGUUAAUUUCAAGUCAGAUCUGAUACCACACAGGUGACCUUGUUUUACACGUCAUCUCAAUUUUUUCAGCGUAAGUGAAGUAUACACUUUAUAGAAAUUAAUUGAAAUCAUUCAAUCCCAUGUGCACAAUUUGAAUUCUACAGCCUGUCUAGCUGCUGAGCAAAGCGUUUAUACAAUAUGGUUUUAAUUUUACCCAAAUGUAUUAAAACAGAAGCGUGUAUCAAGUAGACAGCAGUGCAUAAAGAACAUGACCCUGUAAGAGAUACCAGUGAAAGGAUUUUGUCUUUCCAGUACUAAAUAGUAUUACACAUCAAAUAUGUUGUUUUAAUUUUUGAUUGGUUAUAAAUUGGCCUCUUAAAUGGCAGUACAUAACCUCCUGUAUUUUUGCAAAAAUAGCUUCCAAAUUACCAAACUCCACGUCAUACUAUUUAGUACUGUAGUAUGCAGUUAGGAACAGACCUCUGUGAUUUGGGGAUUUCCAGGUGAAGCGAUUGCCAUCUAGUCAUGAUUAGAGUUUGUAAUUUAUUGUCAGCUUGGUAUGUCAGGGUUUUCGGACUCUUAACAAUGCAAGCAUAUAAACAGAAGAAGCAGUUAAACGUCAUCAAUUAUUAAUCAAACGCAGCACAAUCUGUCUUGAACUGACACUUGAAAAAAGUCUCAACAUUUCACUGUAGAAUUAUUCACUCCAGUGACCUAGAUGAGUUUCACUGUUUAAUAUGUUGAAUUAAGCCAAUGUAGAUCAGAAUGAAGCGUUCUGGCUUGUUUGUUAUGUUCAAAUUAUAGGACAGAAGUAGAACGAAGUCUGAGCCACCUAGCUGUGCUGCACGGCCUUUCAGCAAUCAAAUUGUACACAAGUGAUGUCACACCUGUAUUUAAUGGUACUGGUUUUAUUUAUUCCUGUGUGUAGCAGCUGUGAUGCCACUUUUUAUGAAUAACUUUUUGUUUUAUAGUUUGUGAUUUCAAUAAAGGUAUUAGUUUGCUGUGGUUUAUUAACUAGGUAUUUUUACACACCAAGUAUUUUUAACAAGUGUUGAUGGUUUUGCACUGGAGAUUUGAAGCUAUUGUGUGUUACCAGUUAAGCCUAAUGUAAGCUGCAUGUCCAAUCACACUUGUCUAUGAAACAUUAUAUGGUUAAUAAACAUCUUAAUAAACAAAUGAUUUUAUCAAAAUUA